AUGCCGCAGCCCGCCAGCGCCCGCGAGGGCGAUCUGACGGGAUCACCUGCGUGCGGACCGGUUCUGAGGGGCUACAGUGGGGGCAAUUGGAUGGUCGUCGUCGCUCCCCCGGUACGCCGGGGGCGGUCGGCGCGGCCGGGCGCUCGUUCGCCCCUUCUGGAUUCACCUACAUACACUCCGCCCCUUCGGGGGCUCGUGGGCCCGGCGCGGUCGCCCCGUUUUCGCGGGGCCGGCGGCGCGGGCGCCCAUCAG